GAUGCUGAAUGUGCAUAUUUUGAUUUCCCUGAACUUCUUUCAUUGAGAACUGCUUUAAUUCUCCAUCUUCAACACAAUACUAACGUUGAUGUUCAAACGGAGUUUUCUGGAUGCUUAUCGCUAGACUGGAAAUUAUUCUUGGAAGAGCAUCACCCUUAUUUUCUGAUAGUUUCAGAUGAAGGCCUGAAUGAUCUACAAACAUGUCUUUUUAACUUCUUAAUCAUACAUUCCUGGGGAAUGGGAGUCGAUGUUGUGCUUUCAUCGGGACAAGAAACUGAUAUUCUCAGAUUUUAUGCAUAUAUUAUGAAAAGCACGUACAGAAGCCAAAAGUUUUCUAAGGAGAAUAAAAUGGUGAUUCAGAGUGCAUAUAUAAGCCUUGUACAACACUUGGAAGAAAGCAGGAUUUUAGCAUUAGCAUUUCAUUUUGGACAUUUGCUGUGGAAAGAUAUGAUGGAAGAGGCACAUCAGACUACAUCUCUGCUUCAGAGCUUAUGGCCGGAAGGAUCAGACAUCCGGCGUGUUCUCUGUGUUACUUCUUGUUCAUUAUCCUUGAGAAUGUACCAUCACUUCUUAGGAAGUAAAAAGAAUACAGGAUCUGGGCAGGAAACUAUCAUUCAUCAGGUGGACAGUAAUUGCUUAGCCUUGCAGGAAGUGGAAGAUUUCUGUAGACUGCAAUGCCUCUGUAUGGCUUUUCAGCUCCACCUACCUCUUUCUCAGAGAGCUUAUUCACGAAUCAUCACUCGCUCUUGGAUUGGGGACAUCGAUACUUUCUUAAAAAUGAAAAAGUGGUGUGAAUAUUUCAUUUUAAGAAAUUUAAACUUUUUUGGAUGGUGGAAUCUGAAUUUAAAUCAUAUUUCUGACUUAUAUGAUGAGAAUUUGUUGAAGAAUAUUGCCUUUUACUAUGAACUUGAAAAUACUCAAGAUGUACAUUUGAAUUUGGGAGAUUACAUUAGGAGGGAUUAUGAACACCUGUGGAAUUUUGUGUCACAGCUGGUUAAAGAAUUUAAUGUAGGAAAGUGUUUUCCUCUGAGAACAACAAGAAGACAUUUUCUUAGAAGGACGCAAUCAACAAUCCGAGAAAUUUCCUUGAAAAAGAUGCCUAGUUUGGGUUUUAUUCCAAUGACAUCUUCGGUAAUUGAUAAGUUUGUUGGAGACAUGGUGAAGGAUUUGCCUAUUCUAAAAAGUGAUGAUCCAGAUAUUAUUUCACUGUUUAAACGAAAGGAAACUGAUGAACUUUUGCACUGGUGUGCUCAUAGACCCCUUACUGAUGACUAUGACAGGACCAAGUGUCACUUUGAUGAAAAAUCUAGAGACCCUCAUGUUAUUAAUGUCCUAAAAAUGAAUCAGGCUUAUGAGAAAUUUUAUGGAAACUCAUUAGAAUCAAUCUCUUCAAAAGUGAUUGUAACACAAACUACACAGCCGAAGGUCGAUUCCAGUGGUGCCAACAGAUACAGAACACAAAAAAUUAUUAGAAAGAAAAAGAAAAGGUCAAUUCUCAAAGAUGAUCAGAAAGAACAACGACAAUGGAAUGCUCUGUCAUUUUCUAUUGAAGAGGAGAUGAAAGAGAAUUUAAAUUCUGGAAUAAAGAAAUUGGAAGAAUAUUUGAUGUCAUGUACAAGUAAUUCAGUGAAAUUUCAAGUUGAAAUGGUAGGGUUAAUUGCCUGCUUUAAAGCAUGGAAAGAACAUUGCCAGGGUGGAGGCAAAAUUUCAAAAGACUUAAGUAUAGCUGUUCAAAUGAUGAAAAGGAUCCAUUCACUCCUGGAGGGAUACCCAGAAAUUUUGGAAGAGGAACAUCAUCAAUUUAUAGCUAAAUGCAUUAAAUAUUUAGGCUUUCAUGAUCUGGCAAACUCUUUAGAUCCAUCCCUGAUGUUAGGAGAUGACAACAAAAAGAAGGAAAAGAAUAAAUCUUCAAUUGACAUUGGACCAGCUAGGUUUCAACUACAGUACAUGGGCUAUUACUUGAUACGAGAUGAGAGAAAAGAUCCAGAUGCCAGAGUUCAGGAUUUUAUUCCUGACACAUGGCAGCGAGAGCUCCUCGACGUCGUGGAUAAUUAUGAGUCAGCAGUGAUCGUUGCCCCAACGUCCUCAGGCAAAACCUAUGCUUCCUACUACUGCAUGGAGAAAGUGCUGACGGAGAGCGAUGAAGGGGUGGUUGUGUAUGUUGCACCCACAAAGGCCCUUGUUGGUCAAGUGGUAGCAACUGUUCAGAAUCGUUUUACUAAAAAGUUGCCACAUGGCAGAGUCCUGUGUGGUGCUUUCACAAGAGAUUACUGUUACAAUGCACUGAACUGUCAGGUACUUAUUACGGUGCCUGCAUGUUUUGAAAAUCUGUUGCUUGCUCCCCGUUGCCAAAAAUGGGUGAAAAGGAUCAGAUAUGUUAUAUUUGAUGAGGUCCAUUAUCUUGGCAGAGAAACUGGAGGAAAACUUUGGGAGCUUCUCCUUGUCAUGAUCCGAUGUCCCUUUUUGGUUCUUUCAGCUACCAUAAAUAACCCUAAUCAUCUCACUGAGUGGCUGCAAUCAGUAAAACGUUACUGGAAACAGGAAGACAAGAUUAUGGAGGAAAAAUUUACUUCUGAAAAAAAGGCUGACAAGUGUUUCCACUUUCUCAAAGACAACUUGCAUAUAAAUCAAUCCUAUGAAGUUCGACUUGUGCUCUAUGGAGAGAGAAACAAUGAUUUAGAGAAGCAUAUAUGUUCACUAAAACAUGAUGAUAUUUAUUUUGAUCAUUUUCACCCAUGUGCAGCAUUAACGACAGAUCUUAUUGAAAAAUAUGGAUUCCCUCCUGAUCUUACUCUUUCCCCUCAAGAAAGCAUCCAGCUUUAUGAUACCAUGGUUCAAGUCUGGAAAACUUGGCCCAGGGCUCAGGAGUUGUGUCCAGAGAACUUCAUUCAUUUUAAGAACAAAAUAGUCAUUAAAAAGUUGGAUACUAGAAAAUAUGAAGACAACUUAAAGGCAGAAUUAAUAAAUUGGAUUAAAAAUGGCAAUGUAAAGAAGGCUGAAAGAGUACUGAGGAAUCUUAGCCCAGAUUCAUUGUCUAAUUCAGAAGAUAUGGAAAAAAUGUUUCCCCUUCUCAUUGAAAAAUUAAGACAAAUGGAUAAGUUGCCUGCACUAGUUUUUUGUUUUAAGAAUGAUGAUGUGGAAGAAAGAGCUAGAAGUAUGUGCAAUUUACUGGUGAAGAAAGAGGGAGAAAGCUGUCCGCAAACUGAAUGUCAUAGCUAUGUCUAUGACAUAGGUAAAAAAAUCAAAGAAACUGAAAAAAUCAUGAAGAAACAAAAGGACAU